UUGCCGACCGUCGUAUAGAAUACAUAGGCAAAACAGCGUUAGUACAGUCCGCUCUCUAUCACGGUCUAAUGCUAAUCAUGUUGAUGCCUCUAUCGCUCCGCAAUUGAUUCCGUUUCGCGUUUCCAGUUUUUGUUCCAGUCGACGAAGACGAUUUGUGUCGCAAGUGUGGUAAAAUGUUAAGUGGCGUUGCUGUUUUUCAUGUGAUCGUGCCGUUUUUCCUGUGCUUUCCCGCCGUCCUAUCGUAUUAUUUUAAUGAUAACCAGCCCACUUAUCUGACCGGUGCGGUCGGCGAUUAUGUGAUCUUCAACUGUGAGAUCGACUUCCCUCAGGAGAUACCCAUUCCCUACAAACUCAUCUGGAGGAAAGGAGGUGAAGUUAUUUAUUCGUGGCGAGAUGGAAUCGUGACGGAAUCCGACGAUUACGUAGGUAGGAUAAAUCUUCUAAACAGAGGCUUCCACAACUUCCAACAGUAUGGAAAGGCAUCCAUCAACUUAACCUCCAUCCGAGAAUCGGAUGCUGGAUGGUUCGAAUGCAAGAUCAUCUACCCCAACAGAAAUCCCAGCAGUCGUAACAAUGGAACGUGGUUUCACCUCACAGUUAGCGGUGGAAAUCUGUUGGCUGUGCCUCCGAUAAACAAAACAGUCUUGGAAGGGGAGGAGGCGCAGUUCGAUUGUCUGGCAAAAGACCUGACGGUUAAAAUAAAAUGGUUUAAGGACAAUAUUCCUCUUGAGGAGUACCACGAUCUCAUGCAAAGAUCUUGGAUAACCAAAGACAACACCCUUGUCAUUCAUCCCACUGAUUUAGGCGACUAUGGCGAGUAUGAGUGCGAAGCCUCCAAUGACAUUGGAGAAAAACAGCUCACCAGAGCCUUCCUCAACGUUCAAUACAAAGCGAAGGUUAUAUACGCACCUCCAGAAAUCUAUUUACCAUUUGGAAGGCCAGCUUUGAUAGACUGUCACUUCAGAGCAAAUCCACCCUUAACCAACUUAAGAUGGGAAAAAGAUGGCUUUUUAUUCGAUCCUUACAACAUUCAAGGUGUGUUUUACAGACGAAAUGGUAGUUUGUAUUUCAAUAAAGUUGAUGAAACACACAACGGAAAGUAUACUUGUACACCAUACAAUGACUUAGGGACUCAAGGUCCGUCACCAAUUAUGCACGUGAUGGUACAAAGGCCUCCGGUUUUCGUGCACACUCCGCACAAUUUAUAUCUGAAGAAAUUGGGGGAAACUGUUGAGAUGCCUUGUGAUGCUACUGAUGGUGACAAUGGACACAAACCAAUAAUCGUUUGGUACAGAAAAGAUGGGCAGUCUCUUCCUGUGGGCAGAUACUCAAUAAAAGACGGCAACUUAACAAUAGUAGAUAUCGAAGAACAUGAUCGAGGAUUAUAUCAGUGUUCUGCCACGAAUAAAGCAGCGACAAUAACGGCAGAAACUGAACUGUUGGUGGAGAAUAUUCCAUCAAGUGCACCAUACAAUUUAUCAGCAGUUUCUAGUCCAUAUUCAGUGCAUAUUAGUUGGUUGGCUGGAAGACAACGAGCGAACAUUGACUUUAGCGUUUGGUACAAAGCUGUUGAUCAAACUGAAUGGAAGACGUAUCCUGUUCCGAACAUCAGGACUUUGGAGGCCACCAUUACAAAUUUGAAACCUGAAACUGAAUAUGAAUUUAUGGUACUGUGUAAAGACGAUAAUGGUGACGGAUUGUUUAGUAAAUCGCUUCGUAUUUGGACGAAAAACGCAGAUGGGGAAACAGAAACGUUCAAAAGCACCGGAUUUCCUCCAAUUGGUUAUCCUAGAAAUGUGACGGUUAGUAGUCAAAAUGAUGGACUUUUGGUAACCUGGGAACGUCCUGAAUAUGGCAUGGAACAUUUGAAGAAGUAUGUUGUGAGAUGGAGUCAAGGUCCUGAUGAAUAUAUAUUUGGAUCCGAUGAAACAACUGAUACAAGUUAUUUGAUAACGAAUCUUCUGGAGGGAAACGAAUACGAUAUACAAGUAGUAGCAAUUUCUUUAGACGAUCAACAGGCGGUGUCAGAAAAAGUCACAGCUAUUUUUCCUGGCUAUAAAAGUAUAAAAGCAGUGUCGACUGGCAUCAUUGCAGGAUUGGCUUUUCUUACAGCCGCAUUUCUAGCUGUUUUUUACUACAAGAGGCGAUUUGUUAAGAACGACAACAGUAAUUAUAAACAAAAUGUAAAAAUGUGAAGUCGAAGAUUUUUAUUGGCGACAAACUGAUGUAAAUAUGUAUAGUUUAAGAAUUUAGAGACUGCCUUAAAUUGUUCAAGACGUAGAAUUAGAUUUGAUAUGUCUUGAAUAUUUGUAUUUAUGUUAGUUUGUCAUAUAUUUUUUAAUUUAUUUAACAAAUAUAAAGCUUACUUUGGACUGUACACUUACCGAAAAUAUAUACAAGUAUUUUUAUAACUUUGUAAAUAUUAUAGUUAGUCUCCUUAUAGUACUAUGUAAAAAAUAUUUAACAAAAUAAAUUUUAUUUAAAUCUA